AUGCUGUCCCCAAGCGAGCUCGCCGGCCUGCUUGUCUGUCCGUUCUGUCUCUGCCCACAGGAGCAGCCGACGACUCUCCUCUGCGGCCACUCUGUCUGUUCCCGCCAUACCUUCUCUGUCUGCCCCGUCCCUGUCUGCUCUCCCAACCCACCUGCCAACUCCCCUCCCCGCAUCCCCCCGCACUCUACCGUCCGCUUCCACCCUGCCCCACCCCCCCACCAACCGACCCACCCGCUCCCUAACACACCCGACAUCCCCCGCCGCCCCGAUGUCGUCCUCACCAGCCUCGCCGCCCUCGCUGCACGCACUCUCGCUGCCCUCCAUCCCCCUCCUCCCGACGACGACGACGACCAGGACAAUCGCCCUCGCAAGCGUCGCAAACACACUCAUACACACUCCGAUUCCGAAGACCUCCUCUCCCAUCUUCGCUCCUCCGCCCUCCGCCAGCGUCUCACCCCCUCCGAUGUCCCCCUCAUCUCCCCCACAACCGACACCGCCCUCGCAGAGUACGACAAGCGUCUUCUCGAAGAGCUUACCUGCCACAUAUGCUAUGUUCUUUUCUAUCAGCCAGUGACCACCCCCUGUCAACAUGUUCGUUUCCCUCCUCCCUCCCCAUAUGCCUCUCACCUCUCUUUCUCCAGACUUUCUGCGCAAAGUGCAUCCAGCGCUCUAUCGAUCACAGUCCAAAGUGUCCAAUCUGUAGAGACGACAUUCCCCAUUCCUAUUUUCACGAUCAUCCAGUCAACAAGCUGCUGCUUACUAUCAGUUUGUCUCUUUCUCACUUUCCACCCUAAUCUCUCCUCAUUUCUCCCAGUUCUCAGAGCUUUUCCUCUCCUCUAUCGCGAGCGCGCAGAAUCUAUCCAGCAAGACGAACGCCAUGCACGUCUCAAUACCCCCAUAUUCCAGUGCACCCUCGCCUUUCCCGGCAUCCCAACCCUCCUUCACAUCUACGAGCCCAAGUAUCGACUCAUGCUCCGCCGUUGUCUCGAAUCUCCCCGUCCCUCUUUCGGAAUGGUUAUGCCUCCAAAGCCUGGUUCUCCAGAGACAAACUACGGCACCAUGCUCGAAAUACGCAGCGUUCAGAUGCUAGCAGACGGCAGAAGCAUGGUUGAGACCUGGGGUGUCUCGCGCUUUCGUAUCCUAGAGCGGGGUACACUCGAUGGCUACAUGGUCGCCAGGGUAGAGAGGAUAGACGAUUACCCGGAUGAACUGACCGACGCCCUUCUCGACGUCCCUGAACCCCCUUCCCCGACUCCCUCCCCAUCCUCCACCACUACUACGCGCCGUCGCACAACUCCCUCUUCCUCUCGCACAUCCAUAUCCCCUCCCCGCACUCCACCAUACCCAACAAACGAGGAGCUCAUCUCCACCUGCAAAGCCUUCGUAGAAUCCAUCAAGCGGGGAUCCGCCCCUUGGGUUGUCCAGCGUCUCUCAACCACAUAUCUCGUCAUGCCAUCCGACCCUGCCCUGUUCGCAUUCUGGGUCGCCCACGUUCUACCCAUCGAAGAAGAGGAAAAGGCCAAGAUGCUCCCCAUCCGGAGCUCCCGCAUGAGGCUGUUGCUGGCAGUCCAUUGGAUUGAGCAACUGAAUAACAAUUGGUACGCGACUACUUCGUCAAGUCUUUUUGUGUUCCAGCAGAGGGUGCUGAGGUGGUUGCUUGUGGGCCCUGUCCCCCUGCUGUUCCCGCUGCUGUUGGUCAUUUGGUUCUUUGUGUCUCGUGUGUUUUGGAGUUUGGGUGCGGGUUCAGUUGUUGCAACCACCUCUGGUCUGGGUUCUGGUUCCGGCAGGGUGUGA